AAAUUCCCAAUGACCAAACUGUCGUAUGCCCUACUCUUCCUCGUGCAUUCUUUGAUCGUUUUGUCCGAUAAACAAGACUACGACUAUCAGGUUCAUGAGAACAGCAACGAGACCGUACACGGGUCGUCGGCAUGGCUGAAGAACCAGACGACCAACUGGCAUAGGCCCAAGCCGCCAGGGUGUUGGUCAAGGCCUUGGAUUUGCAAACAAGGAGCUCCACCAAGGGCAGUGAUGAGAUGUUGCCGAAACCAAUGCGUGGACGUCUCAUCCGACGUCAACCACUGUCGUUUCUGCAACCGGAACUGCCCCUUCUCGUGGCUUUGCUGCGAUGGAAAUUGCGUAAACGUUAACACCGAUCCUUUUAACUGCGGAAGAUGUGGAAACAUGUGUCCCGUUGGCGCUCCUUGCGAGUUCGGGAUGUGUGGUUACGCUCAACCGUCUCCUCCCCAGUGGCCCCCUCGUCAUCCUCGCCAUCCCAAAUUCAGAUGGCCUAAGCCACCGCCUUCGUCAGAGAGCAGUGGAAAAGGUUCUGAAUAGAUUGAUUUGCUAUGGCGGCUAUUUGGGUUACUAGGGUUCUCACAUGGGUCGCAGUCCAUGCUAGAGGUUUCGAUCUUAUUAUCAUAAGAUACUUUCCAUUGAUUGGUUUCGUAUAAGUUUCGUUUGUUUUGAUUAUUUGUGUGUCGUUGUUGUCGUUGUCGUGUCAUUGCUUUUCGUUAUUGAGAAAUGAACAUGACGAAGUA